GACCCCAACUUUCUUCAACUAGAAGCCUCAUUCCCUAUAAAGUGUAGUGCCACAUAAUUCAUUGGCACCAAUCCAUGUGAAAUGGCUGCACCUGUUGCUAUAGGCACAAGGGGAACUAUUGGAUCUCUAGUGAGGAAGGAAAUUGAAUAUUUCACUAAGUUUGAGUUAGAAAGAAGAGGAACAACAAUACAGAAACCUCAGCAACACCUUGUGGACAUGGACAUGGUUUCUAGAAGAAGCUAUUCCAUCAUGUCAAGGCCUAGUUUGUGGUUCUUGCCAACAAACUGGAAGAGAAGGAAGCAAAGAGGUACCAGCACAACAAGUAGGUUCCUCAGCAAAAUCUGUUCUGUUACUGAUGUAGCUGCUGAAACCAAUCAACUGAACAGAAUUCCUGGUUACAGCUAUAGGAUCCUCAAGACUGAUAUCAACAACUUUCAGCUCUAAGUGAAUCUCUUUUUAAGUUUCUUGAGGGACCAAAACUUGAAGGCUUGCAGCAUAUUCAUUUUAAUUUUCACAUUGUGUUGCCAAACUUAGGCAACUCUUCUGUUUUAAUUUUGGGUUCAUAAUGUUUUUCAUUUUCUCUUUCAGAUCAUGUAUUUCAAUUUUUAUGUGCCUUAGUGUUCUACAGCUUGAGUAAGCAAGAUUUUAAAUCAAAGCAACUUGUUGGAGAUAUUGUUGCAGCUAUAUGUUCUAAGGAUUUGAUAAUAGACUAAUGGCAAUUGGCAUGAUAAAUGUAUUGGAAAAA